GCUCGCACGGCGGCGGGACGAGGACGCGCGAAGUUGCCGCCCUGAGGGCGUUGCCAAGAUGGCGGCCGCGGGGCCGCCGCUGACAUGGGAUAUUCCUCCAAAAAAUGGCCAAGAAGUAUUUUUCUCCCAUGAACUUUAUGAAAAACAUUCCUUGUCUCUGAGUCUCUCUGAACUCUGGCAUUUAUCAAACAGAGAGGCAAAGAAAAAUGCAGAGGCAUUGGCAAACUCUUCAGAAAACAAGCAGGCUUGUAGCCUGCAGGCUGCAGAGUCACUUGAGGUGGAGGCUAAAAGCCCAGCUGAUGACCAUCCUCUCCCAGAACCCAGACUCCCCUACCCAUUUACCUCUUGUUUGACUGAGAAGGAGCAGAAGACAUACUUGUAUCUGAUGACUAAGUUCUCAAAAAAAAGAAACCAUUUCCAAGUUAAUGAAGCAAGUCAAAGGGAAUUUUUCACAUAUAUGCAAAUGAAAGAAGUAGUAAACAAUGAAAUUGCAGAAUUUAUGAAAUUUGCCCAAAACGCUGCAAAGAGCUGUGCCCAGGAUUAUGAUGCCAUCUCUGAAGAUGCCCUGCGUUAUACUGAGGAAUUGCUACGGGCACGUAUUGGGCAUGUGCAGAAGUAUCCAGAGUUUUACACCCUGCAGGAGAUCAUGAGUAUCAUGGGAGGAAAGUUUCAUACACAGCUGACCUUUAAGCUGGAAAAAAAUCUUCUUGCAAUGGGUACAGCAAGACGUGGUAAAACAGAUUUCCCUUCCAUGCCUGUUCAGCUGCCCACUGAUUAUAGCACUGUCACAUCUAUUAUAACCCCAGAAAAAAGGGCUCAUGUGAUGCAUCAUGAUAUUAGUUCAGAUUCAAAUGCAGAAAAACUUGCUUUGAAAUAUUGUCCUCAAGUUGUUUUAAGUGAUCAAUCGUUAUUUACUCUACUGAAUAAUCAUGGACUGAACUACAAGGAACAGUGGGAAAUUCCAGUUUGUGUUAAAAUGAUCACUGUUGCAGGUAGCAAACCAGCUAAAGUGGUUUAUGUUGAUCCACCUCUGCUGAGAAAAGAAAUGACAGUACGAGAGAGGAAUCAAAUCUUCCAUGAAAUUCCAAUGGAUUUCCUAGCAACUAAAACAUCUUAUGUUCCAAUUUCUAAUGUAUCAAUGGACAAACCAGCUGAGGACAACCUGCUUCAGUGGGAUGUGUGUUCUGACACCUACCAGUGCAGGACAAUUCCUCCUCCAGAUGACACUGGGAUGGACUUCGAUGAUGAUGUUACAGAACUUGAAACUUUUGGCGCAACAACCAAGCUCUCGAGAACUUGUAAAAUGGAAACUACUUUUCCUACAUCUAGUAACACUGCUAACGUUUUAUCUCAUGGCCUAAAAAUGGGGGGAAAGAAUUCAUCUGCCAUAAACAGAGGAGAUGAAGAAGAGAAAACCACCCUUUCUGAGCAAGAAGGUUCAGCACGUGCCAGCGUGCAGCUUCCAUCAUUAGAUGGCAUCCCAUGCUGCAGCCCUCAAGAACAUUCUCCCUGUAAAAGCUUUCAGUCAGUGGAGGUAGGACUGAGCAAAGCACAGGAUGUCAUGACCAAGGAAGUAUUGGACAGUGAAACAACAUUAAAUGUUCUCCCUGUUGCAGUGAGCUCUGAGAAAGAGCCUGAUGCUGCACAGAAAAAAGAGACUUACAGUUCUUUAUGUGGCAGUGACACGGAUGAAGAGCGUUUGGUGAUUGAUUCAGACUGUGAAACCACAGCUGCUUGCAAACCAGCUGUGCCAACCACUGUUUCCUCUACCUCAGCAGAGACUGCCAGAUCUCCUUGCCCUACCCAGAGUCCUUCAGCAAGCAUCACUGACUGCUCAGAUACCACAGAUCAGGGGAAAAAAGCCUCCAAGAAACCUCCAAGAAAGUUAUCCAAAGAAUUGGAUCCUGUCGGGCAAAUUUUGAAAAUGCAAACUGAACUUCUCAAGUCCCCUUCCCGAAAAGCUCAUGAGCCACUGCUGAGCUGUGGUAUUUCUAAUGGUGUCCCAGCCCAGCUGCCUCAGUCUCCAAAAACACUGGUGACCUCCAGCACAGAAACUGUGCCAGCCCCAGCCUCCAAUCCCACCGGCUCCUCUAGAAAUACCUGGACGUGGCUUUUUGAGGGGAUGCCAAAGACAAAGCUGCCAAGUGAACUUCAGCUGCUUGAAGAAGACCCUUCAGAGUACCAAGCACCUGAGGAAGGCAAUGUUGUGUACAAGCUCUUCAGUUUGAAUGAUCUGUUGUUACUCGUGCGUUGCAGUGUGCAGAAAGUCAAGUCACUGCCACAAUACCAGAAAAAGAAAAAAGCCCAAAAGCCAAUUCCCAUAUUCCUGUUGCCAAAACUCGGGUACCAAGCCUACUACGGUGUGGAAGCUCUUACAGAAAGUGAAGUGUGCCAGCUGUGGACACAGAGUAUGCUGCAUUCCAAAUGCUUCUUUUAUAUUGGACAUAUUGAUGCUUUUACAUCAAAGCUUAUUAUGCUAGAAAAGAUUUCUCCAGCAACUUUAAGAGAAAAACUUGGAUUGAUUAAACCUGCAAAUUCGUUAAAUAUACUUCAUCAUGUUUUGAAGAAGGUGUCAGAUUUGGAGGAGGGCUCUUAUUUAUUGACUCACGCUGCAGGAGAUUCAUCAGUUGCAAUUUACAAGAGUUCUCUUGACAAGAGCACAAGAUCAUCCUAUAACUUGCACAAAGCUCACUGUGAUCUGCCUGCCGUACCUGCCACUCUCUCAGUGCCAUGGGUUCCCCUGGACCCCAGCCUCCCUUUGCCCUACCACAUAGUUCAUGGAAGAGUUCCAUGCACCUUUCCACCUGCACCCUGGGAAGGGUGGAAACAGAAGAUGGCUGGGGUGAAAGGACAGUGGGACACACCCCAUGAGGGAAGGCCAGUAGCUAUGGAAACCAAAGGCAAUCCAGCUAAGCCUGCUAGAAAUGAAGGUGUGGCUCCAAAGAAGCUGAGGAAGAAUUUCUGCAAGCAAAGAAAAGUGAAGAAAAAGUGGAAAACUAAAUUCAACAAAAUGCAACUGAAGUAGGAAUAAGCCUGGAGAAGAACAAGAGGAUGCAAAAAAUCUGAGGUUUCUUGCAGCUUCCGAGGAGCCAGAACAAGCUGGCAGGGGAAAUGGCUCCAAUAGCUGAAGCAUUCUCUAAACCUUUAACCCUUUGGUACCUCAGGGGACAUGUUUCACAUGAAAAUCUCAGAGAAAAAAAGGAUGUGGAUGCAGCCACUUGGCUGGUUAUGGGGAACAGAGUAUCUUCUGUUGUUCUGGUGACUUGUAGAGAAGCUGCAUCUUUAAGAGUGAAGCAGUAGUUGACAACAACUUCUAAUACUAUGUAAUGAGAAAAAUAGCUUUUCAGCUUUCCCAAUUCUUCCAGAUUCACUACAGAUUUUUGUUCUCACAUAUUUUAAAGAUAUGUUUUACUUUGUGCAUUGUGUAUAGGAGGAACAACUUGGAUUUAAUUAUUGAGCUUUUUUGACACAUGGUGUCUACUGGCUUUUAAAGAACUUAGAAAAAUACAUUUUUCUUUUUAGAAUGGUGUAACAAAUGAAGGACAAAAGCUGUGUUUAUUUGAAUAGUAAGGGCCAUAAAUUUGCAUUAGAAAACUUAAAAGUACAGCUGAAAAAGUAAAAUAAUAACAGGAGAGCUGCAUUUUUGCAUGUUUAAACUGCUGUCACAAAAAGCAGAGGUCUUAAAGGUGUUCUUCCAAGUCUUGUGUUUGGACUGAGGAAGUUACCAAGUACACACAUCUGAUCAAGCAUUCUUCUGCUCACUGGGACUUGAUGAGACAUGUUUUAAUGUCAUGAGGGUGAAAAAAAAACAUGUUUACUGGAGUGUACCUGCUAAAAAAAAUCCUGAAGGUAGGGAUUUUUUUAAAAUCAGGCUUCAGUAAUGAAUGUAUAUUAAAAACUUCUUUGUGAAAUACAAAGCGUUUUCUGAUGUGGCUUUUUCCCAACUGUUAGAUGUAUUUAUUCAGUUAUUCAGUUUAUUCUUUUUUUGGACCACUGCUUGUUUCAUCUGUAGUAUUAAGCUAUUGAUUAGUUGAACUUGUGUUUGCAGUUUACAAAUAGUUCUGAUUCAAAAUCCUAAAUGCCCUUAGACUCCUCAUAAUAGGAAUACUUUAGCUGUGAGUCAUUUUUCCCAGAUAACUGACUCUGUCUGGGGGAUUCAAGGCAAGUUUCAGUUUGUAAGUAUAAAACUUCUUGCCAGACUUGUUUGGAAUUUGCUUUCCCAAUGCAGUUUCUUGAG